CAUUUUGAUGUAUGGACAGUAUCCAUUGAAACUGGUUUAGACAGUAUGUAUAUAGAUAGAAUGAUACGUCAUUUGAAGUCAGCUUAAAUUAAAAAUAUUCAAUUGUUAAGAACUUUUAAUCAAUGAACCUGUUUACGUAAUGAAAUAAUUGUCAAAUCGUGACAAUUAUUCAACUUGAUAAUGCGAUGACGGUCUCGAACCCACUUAUCAAAGAACUUAAAGGUUGGACAAGGAAAUUGACGGAAUAUAAUAAAGAGAUUGAUGAUGGAAAUGUAGAUCUGCCUCUCUUUUGUAAAUGUUUAGAAAGAUGUUUACAAAAGGGUGUUUUAUUGCGCUUAAAUCCUAUAGGUUUCGCAAAGUUACCUGAUGCUUGGUAUUGGUUAGAAGAAAUCGCAGAGAAGCAUUUCAGUUCCUGUUGUACUUACUCUUUAGUAGUUGAACAAGUGAAACAAAAUCAAAAAGUACAGACAUGUACUGGACGCCUAAGACUCUUGAUUAGAACAUGUUUAAUGCGAAAGUGCCUUUAUAUGCCUAUUGAAAUGCUGGUCAGAACACCAUUAAUGGCUACAGACUAUUAUGAUAAAAACAGUAUUCUAGGAGAUGACAUUCUCGGUGAAAUAUUUCUAUCAGUAUUACUACAAAGUAGUAAGCUAAAUUUUAAAUUAAAUUUACGAAAUUCUAAUUUUUUGGAUGAAUCUUGGGAACUACCAGAGUGUGUGGCUUUAGAAUUAGUGCCAUGUAAAAGUUUAGGUAUUUCUGUAUGCUUUACCAAAGGAAAAGCUUUAAUAGUAAAUUUGGACAAAAAUUCAGUAGCUGCGGAAGAUGAUAAAGUUGAGAUUGGAGAUGUAUUGGAUGAAAUAAAUGGAAAUGCAAUAACAUCUAAUACUAAGGGACAGUUGCGUAAAAUUAUGAGGAAAUCUAUGGGUCAGCCAGUGUCUUUACAUGUAAUCAAGCAUCGAAAUAAAGCAACACAAGAAAUAUACCCUCCAAUAGUAUAUCUUAUAAAAAACUCAGGUGUUGACAGUAUGAAAAAGAUUUUAAAAAAGUUUAAUUCAGAAAAGCACGAUCAUGAUGAAAAACUUGAGAUGUCUAAAUCAAAGAAUAAGUCAUUCAAUGCUGGAUUUUCUGUUAAAUAUUGUGGAUCUGUAUAUAUUGGUCCAGAAGGAGAUGUUAAACAAAUUGAAAAAGCAAUCCGACUAGUUUUGAAGUCAGAAGAAGUAAAAUCAGUUCCUGUCAAAUUUGAAUGUCUAGAAAUUGGAAUUAGAGUAACAGAAAUAGCAGAAGACACAGUACUAUUUAAACAAAGUUACAUGGAAAUCUCAUCUUGUGGUCGUACUGCGAACAUUCCACAUUAUUUUGCAUUUAUUGCAGGAGAUACUAAUUGUAAUUUAGCAACCAAAUUUGACGCAUAUGUAUUUUACCAUCAAAAUGAAAAUGAGGUGCAGACUAUAUUACAAAGUUUGGGCCAAGGUUUUCAACGUACUCAUUUUGCAGUUUAAUUAUUUUAUAUAAGAAAAAUGGUUAUAUAAAAAAUUAUUCUUCGAUGACGAAAAUUAUAUUUUAAAACGUACGCGUUAAAUAUUUUUAUCUAUGUAUCUAGUCAAUGUUAAUUAAUUGUAUUCUUUAUUUACACCAUGAUCAGAGUUCUCAUUCUAAUAAAACAACUUUAUUCUGAAUAUGAACAAAUAUGAACGAAAUAUGAAUAUUGUGUUGUAUAUGGCCACAAUUUAGGACUUUAUCCACUUAAAAGUAUGUACAUACUCUUUUGCCAUAGACUUAUAAAAAGUCAAAAUUAAAUUGUUUGUAUUGUACAUAAAAAAAUUUUCUAGUAGCUGUGGUACAUAUCUAUUUAUAAAUAUGAGGCUAUGUGAUAUUAAUUGUUAAUUAAACACAAUAUUUUAUCUUUCACUAUAUUUUAGAUAUUUACUCACUGUUAACAUAAAUGUAUUUGUAAGACAAUCAGGUGUAUAUAUAAUUAAAGAAAUAUGUCAAAAUAAAUGACUUUUAAACAUUAA